AUGAAGACAUUGGUGGCGGUGCUUUCGGCGGUAAUACUUGCCGGUGGCCAACAGCUAGUCGAUCCCUACGAUGGUUUGCUGCAGUGGCAAUCACCGCUCGGCCCGGGACUCCUGAAUCCAUACGCCCGGGUUCCGCAUCCACUUCAGCAGUUCGUUCCUUCGCAGCCACCAUUCCUGACUGGUCGACAGCUGCCACCGGUUCCGGUGCCGUUCCCAGCCCAGUAUCCCGCUCUGGCAGGACAGUUCCCAGCAAGCUAUCCACUGCCUCUACCCGUGCCACAGCAGCCGUUACCGGUGCCACCGUUCACCAACUUCCAGCCACCGAUGCAGGUCGUGCGUCACGGACUUCCAUACUCGGACGCAGCCGCAGUGUCCUAUUCGUCCUUGGGCUACGGCAACAACCCCCAGGCAGCGCCAGCGGCCGUCAAUGGGCAGGUGCGUCUGCCUUCGGUCACACUCCAAGCACCACCGACCGUUAAUGUUGCAACACAACCUGCCGGUGUUAGCAGUCCCGUCGGGGUGCCGGUCACCGCUACCGGUGUCCCGUCGGUGGUGAAAGAUAUCGCAUCCUUCGGCACUGGGACGGACAAAUCCGGACCCGUCGCCCGGUACGAAGCGAUCAACGCCGGAUCGGUCCACGUGGCACCGUUGCCGGGGCACACAGUCGAUCAGAAGCUGGUCGCACCGGGGACGACCGAGCAGAAGCUGUGA